AUGCAACUGUUAACGUAUAUUAUCGUUAUUGAAAUAUGUUUUUUACUAUGUACAGCUUCUGUCCAUUUUCCUUCUCUUAAUCUAACCAUAGGGACAGGUGGCAAUGGGUUUGGUGCUGGCUCGAUUCCUCUGUGUGCAUCCAGUCCAUACGGCGCACUACGUUUGACGCCAGAUACAGGAAAUGAAUUAGAUAUAUUCAUUGUAUUUGAUCAUCUAGGUGGAUACCAUUUUGGUGAUAGUCAUAUUAAUACCUUUGCCCAUACGCAUACGGUUGGUGCAGGUCUUCCAGAUUAUGGUCAAAUAGGUUUAAUGCCUGUUCAAGUGAAUGAUGUUGAAGAUUUGCAGCGAAUGAUAUCAAAAACACACGGUUAUCGAAGUGCUUUCUCACAUAGUACAGAACGGACAGAACCAGGCUACUAUGAAGUUUAUCUUCAAACACAUCGAAUUAAAGUUCAACUGACAGCAACAGAGCAUGUAGGAAGUCAUCAGUAUUUAUAUGACAAAAAUGUGAACAAAAAAUAUGUUAUAUUAAUUGAUAGUAGUUAUAGUUUAGACUCGAGUGCAUGUAACAACACUCAGGUUGAAAUUGAUCUUAAGAUGAAUGAAGUUAGAGGAUGGAUAUUGUUUGACGGAGCGCUAUCAAAAAGAUUUGGGGGGGUUCGAACCUAUUUUAUUAUUUCUUUCCCACAACUUAAUAUCACUGAUUAUGGUGUAUGGAAUGACAAUAAACUUUAUCCGAAACAAUUAAAUGCUAGUGCCUGUAAUUCUGGAGCUUAUCUAAUGUUUUCUAGUGAACAAGUCAAUAUUUUGGUUGGAAUUAGUUUUGUUUCGAUUGAACAGGCAAGAGUGAAUUUACGAAUGGAAACAGAAUAUCAAUCAUUUGAUAAAAUAUUAGAACUAGUACAAGAUAAAUGGUUAGCUGAAUUUAAUCGAUUUGAAAUUGAUGGUUGGGAUAAUGAUGAGAUGAGCAAAUUCAACACGGCAUUGUAUCAUAGUUUAAUGAGUCCCACUAUUUGGAAUGAUGCAAAUGGCGUGUAUCUAGGAUGGGACGGUCAAAUAAAAGUUAAACCAGAUCAUAUGGAUCAUGUCUACACUGAUAUGAGUAUUUGGGAUGUAUUUCGCACUCAAUUUCCAUUUAUUCUGUUGCAUGAUAGUAAACGAAUGAACGAUAUUGUCUCGUCGAUUAUGCUAAAUUACGAGCAAGGUGGUGAUCUUCCCAAAUGGCCACUUGCUAAUGGCUAUACCGGCUGUAUGAUGGGUUCUCAUUCGGAUAUAAUUUUAAGUGAUCUCAUCGUAAAGAAGGAAAAUUCUGAAUUUUUGAAUCUAACCCAAAUUGUCCAAGCCGUUCGUCAAGUAGCUAACACAAAUCAAAAGCAUGAUGGACGAUGGUUAGUAAUUCUUAGUUCUUUGUUUCACUCUUAUUAA